GGAGUUGUACCUGUUAAACCAGACCGUCCCGAAAACGAAUGAAGUGGGGGAAUUGCAUGCUAUGAUCUUACAGGCCAGAAACAGGUCAUGCAUGGUUCGCGACACAAAACACAAGACCGAACUGUCCAGGUCUGCCACAAUCACACUGAAGGUCAGAUCCGCGCAUUAUUUGCGUCAAAUCACCCUGACCAUCACAGGGCUCAAGACCCCUGAGUUUACCUACAGAGUUCGACUAGAGGUGUGCACGUCACCUGUGAUAAGGCACGAAAACGUGUGCUCCAGCGAUGACGACCAGUGGAUUUUUUAUUUUGCCCCUACUGAAAAAGAAGAGCACGUCCAGCUGAUUGAAAUAACUUUGCGGGAGAGCGAACUACUGGAUAUUUAUCACGCGGUCAAACAUGUUCUGACAGCCAGCGUAAUAUGUGGUUGCGACAGCUGUCAUAUUCCACGCCCGACGAGUCUGAUGUCUAAAUACCAAGAUGACAAAACGGCGAUGCGCAUGUGCGAGGACAUGCCCAGCGGGAGAGAUUGGGGGUGUUCCCCCACUCACCAGCCAGAGCACGAUGAAGAAGAGAGUUCUAAACUAGACUUCGUGGAACGUAAAAAAAGCGGUGAAAAUGACAUUUCAGAUUCGACCAGCGCCAGCGAGGUAGAAGAAAUGGAAGAGGAAGUCUCCGGCGUGACCGAUCUGGACAGCGAUGAAUUUAUCGUGGUGGACGAGGACGGCUUACAAAGCCGACCUUCUUCGCCGGCUGACAUCGAGCAGCGUGAGAGAGAGAACGCGAGCGCUUUCUCAGGAACGGGGUCAAAAGGUCAAUGCGAGGAACCUCUUGACGCCGGCGCCAACUCGGAAAGUCAGAGCGAGAAGCCUUCGGACCUCAGUCUGAAGGGCCGAGCCACGAAAAUUGUGGAAUUUAUCUGGGCAAGAGCGAUCAUCCUGGCUGUUCGUCAAUGGGUUACGAGAGAUUGCGCUGGGUGUCAAAUUGAACACCCAUCACAGAGACAGCACAGUUGCGUGGAAGGCGUCCCCGUAAGAUUUCUGGACAACGAGUUAAAGCAGAAGUGGCUGAAUCUCAUUCCCGCUUGUGAAUUGGAAAUAAAAGAGUCUCUAAAGCAACACUUUGAAUUAAAAGAACCUCAUGAUGGUUUUGUAAUAAACAUUUUGCGUUGAAUUUACACGCUGACGCAGGAAAAAUUGAGUGAAUAUAACCCGCUGUCCGAGUACCUGAGCAGAGAACCGUCCGAAAUUCUGAGCCGGUUUUACAUGCGGCCGGAUGAACCUCUGAACAGCGCUGCGGAAUCAACGGCCGCCGACGUGUGUAAAAUUCUGAUGGGGUCUGAG